CUUCCAGACCUUCUGCCAAUCACUGGAUGUGGUUGCAUUAACAGCUGGAUGGAGGCUCUCUCAGCUCUGACGAAGGGCACUGACAUUGAGUCAGACCCCAAGGGGUUUUUCAAUGCAGCGCUACAGGUAUAUGAGAAAUUCAUGGAGCUUUUCAAGGAUGGAGGCCAGGUAGAGGCAGCCUCCAAAGUUCAGGAAGAUCUGGAGUCUCUGGAAAACACCAAACUCAACAUUGCUGUUACGGGGGAGACGGGCUCUGGAAAAUCCUCCUUCAUCAAUGCUCUCUGUGGUUUUGGUUCUGAAGAUCAAGGUGCGGCUCAGACUGGGGUCAUAGAAACAACAACAGAGCCGACGGCUUAUCCCCAUCCAAGCUACCCGAAUGUGAUCCUGUGGGACCUGCCGGGGAUCGGGGCGAUGGAUUUUCGACCAGAGAGAUACCUCCAGCAGAUGAAUUUCAGCCGCUAUGACUUUUUUGUCAUCGUUGCUUUGGAGCGGUUCUGAUCCAGCCACUCCGACCUGCCCCGGAAGAUCCAAUGGAUGGAGAAGUUCUAUUUUGUGCGCUGCAAAGUGGAUGAAGACUUGGCCAACGCAAGAAGGGCUCAUCCUCAAACCUACGUCGAAGAGAAUGUUCUCCAGAGGAUCAGGGAAAAUGCCAGGAAAUGCCUGAGAGACCAAGGAGCAAUCAAUGCCCAGGUCUUUCUUCUCUCCAACUGGGACUUACACCAGUAUGAUUUUCCCUUGCUGGAGGAGACUCUGGAGAAGGACCUCCCCCAUCUACAGAGACUUGUGUUCCUGCUCAGCCUCCCCAACUUCUCUCUGGAAAUCAUAGAGAAGAAGAAAUCUGCUCUGCGUGGGCACUUAUGGAAAGUAUCCCUGGUGUCGGCUUUUAUCAAUGUCCUUCCCAUGGGAAGUGUCUCUCUCGCCUGUGAUGUUGGCCUCCUGUUGGUGUCCUCGAUUAUUUUCUACAAACAAUUCAGCCUUGACGAUGACUCCUUAGCUAAGCUGGCCGGGCAGGCUGGGAAGCCUGUUGCAGAGCUCAAGGCUGUUAUCAUCUCACCGCAAGGGGAAGUUCUCACCCAAGAUGUAUUAAUGAAGAAGAUUGUCCAGGUUGGGUGCGGCCUUACCUGCUCAGUCGAACGAUGCUUCGACCUUGUCCCAGUGAUUAGCACCCUGGGUGCAGCCGGGUUGUCCUUUGCCACGUCCUACUCCAUUCUGUCAAACUUCCUGGAGAAAGUGGCUGAGGAUGCACAAAGAGUUCGCAAGAAAGAACUGGAGUAAGAUAGGAAAGUGUCAAGAUUGAGAAACAGAAAUGCCAUCGAGCCGAGUCUGACACCUCAUUCCCUAGGCCACGAAACAGUAAAGUUAAAACUCUCUGAGCUCACAGGGCUGUUGUGAGGAUUAUCUCAUCUGAGUUUGUGAGACACCUGUGUCUACUCUAGAACUAUGUCCACGGAUCACUAAGAUGCAGAUAUGAACAUGCCGCUCCCAUUCCAAGAUGUUUGAGUUAUUGCUGUCUGUUGAUGUCAAUGGUCUCUCAUCUGCUGGAGUGUUGAUUUGCACUGCACUGAUUCCCUGGCAUGGCUGGCAUGUGUUAAAUGUCUGCUGGGGAGAGCUGAGUGGAUUUUUGUUCGUUCAGUGGCUGAACAAAAACAAUCUUUAGAAAAAUCAGUUCAUUUAGAACCAAAACUUUUUUGUUUUUUUCAUGACUAAAUAAAAAUAAAAUCAUUUUGUGUUGAACAAAACA